CAACAGGGGCGAGAGGGAGAUGGAGAGAAAUGAGGUCUGAAAAGGACCAAAUGACCGCGGGCAAGGAGAAAAGCGUCGUGGAGAUACAGUUUAGAGACCUCCCCAGAGAGCAGGAGAACAUUCCCGGUAACCUGAAGCAGAAAGAAGAGAAAAAAGAGGUUUUUACGAAGGUGGUGAUUCGAAGGCUUCCACCUAACCUUUCAAAGGACCAACUAGAGGAGCAGCUCAGUCCGCUUCCCUCCUAUGAUUAUUUUGAGUUCUUUCCAGCCGAUCAAAGUCUUUACCCCCACCUGUUCUCCAGAGCAUAUAUCAACUUUAAAAACACAGAGGACAUCCUUCUGUUCAGGGACCGAUUCGAUGGCUACGUCUUCAUUGACAACAAGGGCCAAGAGUAUCCUGCAGUGGUGGAGUUUGCCCCCUUCCAGAAAAUCUCCAAGAAGAAACUAAAAAAGAAAGAUGCCAAAGCCGGGAGCAUUGAGGAAGACCCAGAAUAUAAGCGGUUCUUGGAGAAUUACUCCUGUGAUGAGGAGAAGUCAAUGGCCAACCCCGAGACUCUGCUGGGAGAGAUAGAGGCUAAGACCAGAGAGCUUAUAGCCAAACGGACAACACCACUGUUGGAGUACAUCAAAAAUAAGAAAAUUGAGAAACAGAGAAUACGGGAGGAGAAGAGAGAGGAGAGGAGAAGACGUGAGCUUGAGAAGAAACGGCAAAGGGAGGAGGAGAAGAGAAAGCGACGAGAGGAGGAGAGACGCAAACGAAAAGAGGCAGAGAAGCAAAAGAAACUGUCUGAUAAAGACAUUAAAAUCAAGCUCCUGAAGAAAAGUGACCGGGACGAUGACGUGGAUUCUGACCGAAUGAAGGACAAAAGUGACAUCGGGGAGACGGACAGAGGCAAAUGGGAAAAAGCUGGAGGACAGAUGAAGUCGAAGGACCCCAAAGAAAAAGGUCAGCCUGAGAGUGACAAGGAGCAGCGAGAGCAGCACGGCCGCAGACAGAGAGAUAAGGACCACCGCGGGAAAGACGAAGAGAGGAAACGACAGAGACACCACUAUGAGUUUGACAAGUUCAUGCGCCGCAAAGAUGAGACCAAAUGGGGGAAGGGCUACUGUCAGGACCGGGCCAAGAAAGAGGGGCACCAUCACGGCUACUCUUACUGUCCCGACAGCGGAGACAAACUGGGGAAGGAGGACAGGGACGACCUGGGUAACAGGAAGGAACGCCUCCGAAACAAGGUGAGCGAGAAGGACCGUCCCGCCAUGCAGCUCUACCAGCCCGGCGCACGCAACAGGAAGCGCAUGAGCUCAGCAGGCAAAGGCUACGACUGCAUCCCUGUGGGCCACUCACCCGAACCCGGGACGGAGCACUGCUUCGAGGCCGUCACCGUGGCAACGGGGCUGGAGAAGGGGUUCGAGAAAAGCAAGGAUGAGCAGUGAGCAGUGUGGAUGUUUAUAGAAAACACAGAUGAAUUAUUCAGCCUGCGUUGAUGGUGAGGGGUUAUCAGUGAGCUUUUAAGAAUAAUUUAGGGAGAAAUGCACUUCAAAAGCAGCUUUAUUCAUUAGAUGUAACAGAGUUCAGAGCUUUGGAUGCUGGUUAAUGUUUUUGUUUAGCUGGAGCACGAACAUUAAAUAUUUUAACUGCCUCACUGUUUAGUAUUCAAAGAAUUCUUGGAAAAAAGAAAGAAAAAUACUGAAAACAGAGGCAAAUAAUGAUAGUUAUGAUAGCACAACAGUCAGUGUCAGGCAGUCCAGUGUCAUUCCUUUUCAUGUUUUUGAAGUGUGUCCCUUUAAGAGGCAGCUCACCUGUCGUAUCCAUCAGCUGUUAUCUGGUCGAACGGGACCUCGUCCUCUGCAGCAGAUCUUGUUACUGAGCCUUUGUAGACUCCACUGAACCUGGAUGUUUUUAAUAAUCGUAUAGAUUUUAUGAAAAUGACGAAUAACGUAAGUUACAAAUAAUGGAUGUAGAAACUUUUGCAGAUGAAAUCCUGUGUGUAUCUUCGUGUGUGACGGUGAGCGAAUGAGAGACAAGAAGAGUUAUUAUUGAUGAAGCAGACAAUUCUUUGGAUCUUUUUCCUAGUUUUGAUGCAUCUCAUUACAUUUGGUCCAUCUCAUUCUAAGGUGUCAUUAGGGUUGCAGCGAUAUGGCAGUUUCAAGGUAUACCGUGGUAUGAAAAUUGACGGUUAUCAUGCGGUGUACGUUUGCUUAUCCACGGUAUUGAAAAAAGAAAGGAAAUAAAACCUCACCUUUAUUUUAGUUAUUUAAAAUAAUUAGACCUUUUACACAUACUUUUAUUUCAAAUAUAAUCUCUAGUUACGAUAUUAUGCUCAUCGUUUAACCCUCAUGCCGUUGCAACCCUUGGCGUCAUACAACAGAGAUGAGAAUUUCUGAUCACCCAUGAGCCAAGAAGAACACCUUCUCUACAUUUCUGUAAAGCAUUUUGUAGGAAUAAAGUUGCAAAGUAUGACGCCGAUAAGAGAGAGCAAUUAAUUUUCUAUGCCAUGUGCAUGAUUUUCUAUUAAUUAUACCGACGUAAUGUACAUGAGAGCCACAAAUGUUGAUCCUGUCUGUUUAACAAGCCUUAUAUUAUUUUUACACACAACACAGCAUUUGUCUAUCAUACCUCUUGUAUCAUUUUUUUCCUUUAAGUUCUCAGAAAAUAAAGCUCUUGUACCGUUAGAAGAGACUAAAUCAGUGUUUCCGUCAUUCUGGUAGUUCUUUGACAGUUUGGGUGAGGCAGCAUUUGUCAGCAGCACUGCUCAUAAUGCACAUGUACAAAUGCCAGAUAUGAAUCAGUUACAGCCUGCAAUAUAUGAAUAAACAGCAGUGUUAGCACACGUGGGUGUAGACAUGCCUAGUUGUUUCGUUAGUGAUAUUAAAGGCAGUUUAUAGAAAGCUACACCAGGGUGUAAAUAUAGACAGUGCAGGAAGUGCAGUUGCAUGGCAUGGUCCCUAAAGGGAAAGGGAAAUAUGUCUGUGUUUAAGUCUUUGAAAUCUGGAGC